AAUGUUCUCCCAUUUACACAGAUUUUUGAUCUUCUCGACAUGAAAAAAAUGGCACCUGCAUUCCCAGAUCAAAAAGAUACAAGAAGGGUCCCAAAACCCCUCAUGGAGAAACGAAGGAGAGAUCGUAUCAACCACAGUCUGGAAACCUUACGACUUCUGUUGCUGGAAAACACCAGUAACGAGAAACUGAAGAAUCCAAAGGUGGAAAAGGCAGAGAUUUUGGAGAGUGUGGUGAACUUCCUGAGGACAGAGCAGGAAGGAGAACAAGAGCAUCAGUCAAUGAAGAGAAGUCACUCCAAAGAGGGAGAAGUGCAGGGGCCUGCCUGCAAGAGGAAGCAGAACUAUCACAAGGGCAUGAGAUCAUGUCUAUUGAGGGUCAACCACUUUGUAGCCACCAAAAGCCAAGAGUUGGAGGGGCCCAGCCACACUGCGCAUGCCCGACCUCAGCGCUCCCGCAUGGGGCUUGCAGAGCUCGCUCAUCAUCCUCCUCCUUCUUCUGUCCAGCUCCAUGGUUCUUCACCUUCCGCCCCUGACCAAACCCCCCUGCCUGGACAGCAACUGCCCCAACGGCAGCCCCCUCCUCACCCUCACACAUGCAUUAAUCUGAAUAGAGCUUCCCAGAGAACUGACUACAACAACACAGAGAGCUCUUCCCCCUCCAAGCUGUGCGUGGAGCCCAGUGACUCUGUGUGGAGGCCAUGGCCACAGCAGUGAUAAACAGCCUCAGAUGGUUCGCACACUUGGGUUCAAAGUUCAGUACCAGAGGUAUGGCUGAGAAGCUUCCAACAGCUGUUCACUAAACAACUACCCAGCAGGAGGGGUGAUGGAGAGGGUGAAUAGGUGGGGACUUGUAGAGUGGACAGUUAAAAGAUGAAUAUAUUGGGGGUUGGCUGAGAAAGCAGUGUGACCCUCGGUAGACUGACUCUGUGAAAUGUACAUCUUGUAUACAGUAUAUGGAUUACUUUAUAUUUUCAUGAUAUGAGUAGGAACUGUUGAAUGUCUUUUAUGUGACUUUUUUUGACUGUUUUCCAGUAUUUUUUAUUCUUUAUUGCACCUGAAAGUGGGACACGAUAGAGGAGAUAGUUUGGGCUUAAAGAGCACUGGGCCAGAUUCAAACCCAUGCAGGAAAACUGCCUCAAUUUGACAUAAUGUGAGUGUGACUAUUUGUUUUUGUAUUUCAUAUACAAAAGGGAGUCACAUAAGGAAUCGAGUUUUAAGAACUUCUCUUGUUUUCAGUUUUUGGCAAAAAGGGAAAUUAAAUGUUUGACUCUCAAGAUUAGGCUAUAUUUUUUGAUAACUUCUACUGCAUUGCUAUAUCAGCCUGCAUAUAUAUUGCCAAUUAAGUAGGGUUAUAUAACACUAAUUCAAUGAGCAUGUUUAUAUUGUUUUGGCAGCAUUUAAGAUAAACUGCAUUGAGCUAUAGUUUUUGUUUCUGAUUGAGGAGUUCCACAUUGUGCUAUUGUGCCUUGUUGUUCAAAGUGUUUAGUCCAAGUGAGAAACAUUAACAUUCUGUUUAUGUUAAACAUGGCAAAGCAAUGUUGCCCUAUAUUUUUUUAUAUUAAAAU